GGCUGAUCGUGUCUCGGCGGCAAGAAUUUUAAUAUUAGGUGUUAAAAAACUAAUUUUCUUUGUGAAAAUAUCGAACUAUGUCACAGAUCACUAUUUCUACACGAAAGAAAAGGUUACGACCAGCCAGUGAUGUAAUCGAAACCGCCGUAAGAGAAGUUUUUGAUAAAAAUCAAUCUAUCCGGUCGGUAGCUUCAAUUUGUAAAAGAGCUAGAACUCAGAAGGAAGAUUAUCGUCAUCGACCUAACAUAGUUAAUAAACGUAUUUUCUCCCUUGAACAGGAAAAAUUAUUGGUUGAUUAUCUGAAAACAUCAUCAAAGAUGUGUUACGGUCUCACAACCGUGCAAGUCAAGGAACUUGCCUACCAGUAUGCAAAGGCUCAGGGAAUUUUACCGAAACCUUGGAAAGAAAAGAAGAUGACAUCAAAAGACUGGCUACUUGGUUUUAUGAAAAGAAAUUUAACAUUAAAUUUAAGAAAACUCAGAAAACACUUCUCUCUCUAG